ACUACUGAUACUGUUGGUAUAUUCUCUUCUUCUCCACCGAAUAUAUCUUUGCCUUUGCCCCCUUCCUUCGAUGUGAUACCUAACCACCACUCUCUCAAUUCUCAUCACACAACCAACCAACCCCAAACCACCACAGCAAAGAAAACAGAGCCCGAAACAGAGAGCCUAAAAGUGUUCGUUUUUUUUCUUUUCUUUUUGCAAUGGUUUGGAGGUUUGUUAAUGGCGUUAUAGACUCUUGGGACUAAACGGGAGAAGGAAGUAGAGUCUGUGCAUCUUCUUGAUUUCUCACUGUUUCUCCUCCGCUUUAGAGAGGAAUAGGCGAGGAAUUGAGAUUUAUAAAAAGGGCUUCUUCUUUUUUUUUCUCGCGUUUGUGUAAAAAAAAACCCUGACGCUUCUCUCAUGGUUCGAUGGAAAUUUGUAAGUGAUGGAGGCAAAUCUAGUUUACAUCACAUGAGCAAUUAACGACAUGUCAUCAUGAUGGUCUCACUAUCGCAUUGGUGGGAAUAUGCGUGAAUUAUUUGUCAAGAGACCGAUCUUUUUCCUCACUUCGUUUUUCAUUUUGUGAACUCUAUCUUGUUUCCUCUAUAUACUUUGGAUCCUAGCUCCUUUAGGGCAUAUCUCCUUUGGCAAAAGUUAAAAUUAAGCAGCAGUAGCAGAAGUGAAGUUUCUCCCAUUAGGUGGCUUUGAUACAAGUUACUUCACUUUGAAAACUUCAACUUUAAGCCUUAAAGUUUUCUUUGAGGUUUGAAGCUCCACCCUCAUUCUAGGGCAUAUCUCCUUUGGCAUUUCAGAGUCCUCAGUUGGCUCACCUUAUCUCCAGUUCGAGCAAAUCUCCUUUGGCAUUAUCCGAGUCCACAGUUGGCUCUAGUUUGAGCAAAUCUCCUUUGGCAUUAUCCGAGUCCACAGUUGGCUCUAGUUCGAGCAAAUCUCCUUUGGCAUUAUCCGAGUCUUACAGUUGACUCAUAUUAUCUUUAUCUUAGUCGACCAGAUCUCAUCACGGUCUGUAGUUUAAGUAGACCUUUGCUGUUAGUCCAUAUCAUUCAUCUUACGCGCGUAUCAACGUAAGCAUUUCUCAUCAAGGCAUCUAAAAUAUGGAUCUUACUGACUCUGAUUGGGAUAGCUCCAGCGACAGUGGUAGCAGUGAACACGAAGAAGUUGAGUUUUCUUAUGGUGGACGAGCUCAGAACAUUUUCUCAAACCUUGAAGAGACCAUUGGAAAAAUCGAUGAGUUCUUGUCCUUCGAGAGGGGAUUUAUGUAUGGUGACAUUGUGCGGUCCACAACUGAAGCAUUAGGACAGAGUGGUAGGGUUAUCAACAUUGACAUGUUUGUCAACCUCGAGAGUACUCAUGGUAAGAUCAUAAAGGAAGUUGAUACCAAGAGGCUUCAAAAGUUGCGUUCUAUCUCACUCUGUGAUUAUGUGAUUAACGGACCUUGGCUUGGAAGGGUUGACAAAAUAGUUGAGCGUGUCUCUGUCACCCUCGACGAUGGGUCCAAUUAUGAGGUUCUUGUAAGCGAUCAAGAUAAACUUGUGGCCAUUCCCCCAAAUUUGCUCGAGGAUUCUCUGUAUUCUUAUUACCCAGGGCAAAGAGUUCAGGUAAAGCUGGCACAUGCUCCCAGAUCAACAACAUGGUUAUGCGGGAACUGGAGGGAGAACCAGGUUAUGGGAACUGUUUGCGCUGUAGAAGCAGGACUUGUCUACGUCGAUUGGGUUGCCUCCAUCGUAAUGGGGGUUGAUGGGAAUUUAACUGCACCUCAAGCUUUGCAGAAUCCUGAGACUUUAACUUUGUUACCUUGUGUUUCUCAUGCAAGUUGGCAGCUUGGUGACUGGUGUAUACUCCCUAGCUCUUCUCACUCGGAUACAGCAGAGCGACAAACUCCAUAUGUGGCUGCCUACAAUCCCAACGAAUGCCAUAAGACAUUCCAAAAAGGGUUUAACAGAAAUAUGCAGAGCUCAAGUUUGGAUGAGCUUUUUGUUAUUACGAAGACAAAGAUGAAGGUUGAUGUUAUGUGGCAAGAUGGUAGCUGCAGUCUGGGAGUUGAUUCCCAACAGCUGCUUCCGGUUGGUGCUGUUAAUGCUCAUGAUUUUUGGCCCGAACAGUUUGUUGUGGAAAAGGAAACCUGCAACAGCAAAAAAUGGGGAGUUGUGAAGGCUGUUAAUGCAAAGGAACAAACUGUGAAGGUACAAUGGACAACACAGGUAGAGAAAGAAGCAAGAGGUUGUGUUAAUGAGCAGAUGGAGGAAAUGGUCAGUGCUUAUGAACUGCUUGAGCACCCUGAUUUUGGAUUCUGUUUCAGCGAUGUGGUGGUCAGGUUACUUUCACAAGGAAAAACUGAUCCAAAUGCAGAUAAAAUCGUCGCUACAGAGACGAAACGCCUACUUACAGAGAGUGACUACAGUGGUGCGUAUUAUUUGUCAAGUAUUGGUGUUGUUACAGGUUUUAAAAAUGGUGCCGUGGAGGUGAAAUGGGCCAAUGGUUCUACUAGUAAGGUUGCACCAUGUGAAAUUUGGAGGAUGGAAAGGUCUGAAUUUUCCAACUCUGGCAGUAUAAAUUCGGAAGGCACUGUUCAAGAUCUAAGUCAGAAGAUUAGUCAAUCAGAUGAAGCAUCUUCAAACCAUCAGGAAACGGGUCUGGUGAAGCUCUACAGUGUUGGUGAAGGACGCAACAAGAACAUUCCGGAAUGUAGUUCAUUUUUCCUUCCAAAAGCUGCCAUUGGGUUUAUCACAAACCUUGCAUCAAGCCUUUUCGGUUCUCAGAGUUCCACUUCGCAUUCACGUUGCAAUGAUUCUGAAGAUCAAAGUGACUCUGAGGUCAUUGUUCAAGAAGUAACAGAAUCAUGUGACAUCUCUGAAUCAAAUUCAGGUGAAGUUCAUAUGGCCACGAUGGUCAACUUACCUACUGAAGGUAAAGAAAUUACCAAGACACUGGACUCAACUCUUCUAGAGAGCAGCAGGGAACUUGUGAGAUUUAGACAGUUCGAUAUGGUUAACGACUGCUCGGAUCAUCAUUUCCUUUCUUCGGAUAAAGGGUUGGCACAAUCUCAGGUCACAAAGAGUUGGGUGAAGAAUGUCCAGCAAGAAUGGAGCAAUUUGGAGGCAAAUCUUCCCGACACAAUAUACGUGCGUGUGUACGAGGAAAGGAUGGACCUUCUGCGUGCAGCCCUAGUUGGUGCUCCUGGAACACCAUACCACGAUGGACUUUUCUUUUUUGACAUUAUGCUUCCACCUCAAUAUCCUCAUGAGCCACCAAUGGUACAUUAUCAUUCAGGUGGGAUGCGACUAAAUCCUAACUUGUACGAGUCAGGAAGAGUCUGCCUGAGUCUGCUGAAUACAUGGAAUGGCUCUGGCAGUGAAGUAUGGAACCCGGGGAGCUCCUCCAUCCUUCAAGUUCUUCUUUCAUUUCAGGCUCUUGUUCUGAAUGAGAAGCCUUACUUUAACGAAGCUGGCUAUGAUAAGCAGCUGGGCCGAGCUGAGGGAGAGAAAAACUCAGUGAGUUACAAUGAGAAUGCAUUCCUCAUCACUUGCAAAUCCAUGAUCUCAUUGCUCCGCAAGCCCCCAAAGCAUUUUGAGGUGCUUGUGAAGGAUCACUUCACAAAACGGGCCCAGCAUGUUCUGGCUGCGUGCAAGUCUUAUAUGGAAGGUGUCCCUGUAGGAUCAUCAGUGAACAUGCACGAAAGCUCAACCACAAAUUCCACCGGUUUCAAGAUCAUGCUCUCCAAACUCUACCCAAAACUUGUGGAAGCAUUCUCAGAGAUUGGAGUUGAUUGCGGCCAAGCGGAUUGAACUGGAAUCAUAAAGGUCGGUAAUGUUCUGAUGUCAUAUCAUCUUCCUAACAACCAAUAGUUGCUGUAUAAUAUCAGUUUGCGAGGUGGGUAAUACCUUCCCCAUGUAGAAUAUGUUUUGUACUUCAACGUGUGAGAAUAAAACUGCUGUAAAAUAGGCUCAUCUUGUAUGAUAAUCUCAUCUUGUAUAAUAUCCAAGGGUUCUAGUUUUGCAAGAACUAUGUACCGUAUUGUAUAAUAAAAAUGAAACACUCGUGUUUGUA